UCAUAUGAUACGUGGCUGUUUAUUCGUGGAGGAAGUAUUUGACGUUGGAUUUGUUUUCCCCCCUCUGCUUGUCUACAGUGUAGGAGACUGUCUCUCCCAUUAGCGCCUUUCUUCUGCUGCAGUAUGAACGGGGACGAGCAUGGACGCUUACGAAUUGCUCUAGUGUAACGUUACGCGCAUUUCGGUUAAAGUCUUUCGCGCUGUUGGAGAUUUUGAAAACGACGUGAAUUACAUGGAAUACUAAACAAUGUCAUCGGCGUGAAGUUUGUUUUUGUGGAUAGAAAAACGUGUUCGUGAUUGAAGGAUCCACGAAAUAAAGGGCAAGAAUGGCUAAUGCUGUAAGCUGAACCUCAUACACACAGACUCUCUGCGAGUUGGACCGGGGCUGUCCCACAAUCCCCGCUCAUCGGCUUAAGGGACCAUGGGAGAUGGAGGCGUCAAUGCGGUGGGAGAAGGGUUAAACCAGUCCCAUGUGCUGUUUGAUCGCUUCGUCCAGGCCACCACCUGCAAAGGCACUCUCAAGGCUUUUCAAGAGCUUUGUGACUUCCUGCAACUCAAGCCCAAUGAACACUGUGUGUUCUACCACAAACUCAAGUCCAAGCUCAACUACUGGAAAGCCAAAGCCCUCUGGGCCAAAUUAGACAAGCGCGCCAGCCACAAGGAAUACAAAAAAGGACGGGCCUGUGCCAAUACUAAGUGUCUGCUCAUUGGAGCCGGACCAUGUGGUUUACGUACAGCCAUAGAGCUGGCAUUCUUGGGAGCCAAGGUGGUUUUGCUGGAGAAGAGGGAUGCUUUCUCUCGAAACAAUGUGCUCCAUCUUUGGCCUUUCACUAUUCAGGAUCUGAGAGGUCUCGGAGCAAAGAAGUUCUAUGGCAAAUUUUGCGCUGGAGCCAUUGACCAUAUCAGUAUUCGACAGUUGCAGCUGAUGCUGUUGAAGGUCGCUCUUCUCCUCGGCAUUGAAAUUCACGUCAAUGUGGAAUUCAAAGCCCUUGUUGAGCCACCAGAAGACCAAGAGAAUGAGAGAAUUGGGUGGAGAGCCGAAGUCCACCCCAGAACACAUCCAGUCAAUGAGCUGGAGUUCGAUGUUAUCAUUGGGGCUGAUGGGAGGAGAAACACACUGUCAGGGUUCAGAAGGAAGGAGUUCAGGGGAAAACUGGCUAUCGCUAUCACAGCAAACUUCAUUAACCGCAACACGACUGCAGAAGCAAAGGUGGAAGAGAUCAGUGGAGUCGCCUUUAUUUUCAACCAAAAGUUCUUUCAGGACCUUAGAGAAGCUACAGGAAUUGACCUGGAAAACAUCGUGUAUUAUAAGGAUGACACACACUACUUUGUCAUGACUGCCAAAAAGCAGAGUCUGCUCGAGAAGGGUGUUAUUCUGCACGACUAUGCCGACACAGAAAUGUUGCUUUCCAGGGUGAAUGUUGACCAGAAGGCUCUGCUAUCCUAUGCCAGAGAGGCUGCCGACUUCUCCACCAAUCACCAGCUUCCUACGCUAGACUUUGCCAUCAACCACUACGGUCAACCUGACGUUGCAAUGUUUGACUUCACCUGUAUGUACGCCUCAGAAAACGCCGCUUUAGUCCGCCAGCGCCACGGUCAUAAGCUGCUAGUAGCCCUUGUGGGGGAUAGUCUUCUAGAGCCUUUCUGGCCGAUGGGCACUGGAAUAGCAAGAGGUUUUUUGGCCGCAAUUGAUUCAGCGUGGAUGGUGCGGAGUUGGGCUCAGGGAAAAUCUCCUCUAGAGGUUUUAGCAGAACGGGAAAGUGUCUAUCGACUGCUGCCUCAAACAACACCAGAGAAUGUGAGUAAGAACUUCAGUCAGUACAGCGUCGAUCCAUCUACAAGGUACCCAAACAUCAGCCUUCACCAAGUGAGACCCAACCAGGUACAUCAUCUGUUAGAUACUGGAGAGACCAAAGAUUUGCGAGUCGAUUUGGAGAAUGUGGUCAACUCCUCGACUUCUAAGCUCACAAGAAAUGAACUUCUCCUUGAGAAGCAAUUGCAAGAAUCCAUCGUGCGCUCCAGUAAGCUGCUAAACUGGUGUCAGAGGCAAACGGAGGGCUACCGAGGUGUCAGCGUGUCUGAUCUCACCAUGUCCUGGAAGAGUGGCUUGGCCCUGUGUGCGGUCAUCCACCGAUACAGACCAGACCUCAUUGACUAUGAGUCUCUGGAGGAGAAGGAUGUGGAGAAAAACAACCAGUUGGCUUUUGACGUGGCUGAGAAGGAGUUUGGGAUUUCUCCCAUCAUGGCCGGGAAGGAGAUGUCCGUUGUGCUGGAGCCUGACAAGCUCUCCAUGGUGAUGUACCUCAGCCAGUUCUACGAGAUGUUCAAGGACACUGUGCCACCUGGUGAAAACCACAACUUAAGCCCAGAGGAGAAGGCUGCGUUGAUUGCCAGCACUAAAUCGCCCAUCUCAUUCUUCAGUAAACUGGGUCAAAGCAUCGCCAUCUCCCGCAAAAGAAAUCCCAAGGACAAAAAAGAAAAAGAACUGGAUGGAAAAAGACGAAAGACCAGCCAAGCAGGACAGUCAGAAGAUGAGGAGCUGCAGAGGGUUAAUCGAGACGACAGGCCAUCUAUAGCCAUGGCUCUGGUCGAUCGUAAAAUAGACUCCGCCGCAGCAGCGAACAACAAUAACAAAGUGAAGUCGAUGGCCACGCAGCUGUUAGCGAAGUUUGAGGAGAACGCUCCGGUGCAUACAGGACUCAAGAGACAGGGGGACUCAAUGCCCAACCUGGGGCUCCUGAUGGGCCCCUCUUUGGCCCCACCCACUUUAAGAGAGUCAGCACGGCUCACUCCGGUCCCGGAAUGGAGGAAGGCCAGCAGCGGUACUGAGGUCUGGAGGAGCUGUCCUAAGAAAACCAUUUUCCUCGCUUCUUCCUCACCUUCAUCUUCCUCCUCAUUCUCUUCAUCGUUUCUUCCACACACACAGGAACACAGUCUGCCUAAUGUGGAUGAUUUAGAGCCUGUUUACAUCCCUAGUGUUCAUGAGAGAGCUGAGAUGCUAGCUGCUAGAUUUAAAGGCAAAUCUGAAAGGAAGAAGAAGCCUCAGGUUAUGAAAAAGCCAUCACGGUUCUUUAUUGAGCAGUGGCUUUUGACCCAAGGUCUGAGUCCUGAGCAGCCUCUCCUUCCCUCUGACCCUGAGCAUCAGCAGAGGGAAGUUUUGCGUUCUGAUGAUCAUGUGCCUUUACACAUCCCCAGUAUUCAGGAAAGAGCCGAGAGGUUAGCCUCUCAGUUUAAAGACAAGCCAACCCAGCCCAAGUUAAAGAAAAAGAGGUCACACUUCUUCACAGAGCAGUGGUACAGAGCGUGUGAUGCAAACUCUGAUACCCCCCUGUACUCCCCCGGAUCUUUCCAGCAGAAGUAUGUAAAGAUGUACACAGGGGGUGUGAGCUCACUGGCUGAGCAAAUAGCCAAUCAGCUUCAGCCCCAGGACCACCCCAGGCCCCCUCUUGAGAAAGUGGAUUUGGGUUCUUUGCGGAAGGAGUUUCCUCAGAACAUCGGCGGCAGUGACGUGUGUUUCUUCUGUCGGAAGCGGGUCUACGUCAUGGAACGCCUCAGCGCAGAGGGAAAGUUUUUUCAUCGCAGCUGCUUCAAGUGUGACUACUGUGGCACCACCCUCCGCCUGUCCUCAUACGCCUUCGAUGUUGAGGAUGGGAAGUUUUAUUGCAAACCGCAUUAUUGCUACCGACUGUCUGGUCUGGCGCAGAGGAAACGGCCUGCACCUGCCCCUGCAAACCCGAAGGAGCCCCAGAUGUUAGCAGUAACCCCCAACAAAAUGGACGCGACAGGCCAAACCAUAAGUUCUCAGACCCCUGUGGAACGCCGGCCCUCAGUGUCAGAGGUGAACGGAGUGACGGAGCCCAGUGUGGCCAAGCGGCUCAAAGCGACUCCAGAGAGAAUCGAGCUGGAGAACUACCGCCUCUCCAUGAUGAGAGAAGAGGAGCUGGAGGAGGUACCAGAGGAGACGCUGGCGGAGCACAACCUCAGCAGUGUGCUGGACAAACCCACAGAUGUGGAUGAGGGAUCCAGCAGCUCAGAGUCUGAUAUGGAGGAAGAGGAUGAAGAACAGGAAGCGGCUGGUCCGUCUGAUCUGGGUGGAGUGCCUUGGAAAGAGGCCGUGGAGCUCCACGCUAAACUUAAAGGAGAAAGCGACCCUGGUGCUUCUGAAGACGACGACGAUGAUGAUGGAGAGAUGGAGGAUGAAGAGGAAGAUUAUGAGGAAGAGGAGGAGUCAAGUGAAGAGGGAGAUUAUUUGCCCUGGCAGUGUGAGCUUCAGUUAGGUCUUUGGCUGGAGAAUCUGGCACAUGAAGAGGAUACGGGUGUGUUUAAAGCAAGGAACCUGCAUAUCCAGCAAGCCAUACAGCCAGUGGACCCUCUGGACAUCCAGAUGGUCAACCACUGGACAUCCAAUCAGACUGAAAGGGUGAAAGAGGGCACCUCAGUGUCACCUGUAGGCUCUCAGCCUUCGCUGAACACCCUGAUCACGCAACCCACCUCCUCCACAGCCCCUUCCCACAAGUCUGUGCGCCAUGAGGCUGUCAGAGCCUGGUUGGACUCGAUGACUGGAGAGCCCGGUGAAGAGGAAGAUGAGCCUGAAGCCGAAGCAGGCAGUCCUGACUUUGAACCCGGUACUGAACUAGAUCAAGACGACAUUCCCUCGGACGCUGAGGCUGAAGCUCGCUCACGUUGCAUAGAUGAAAGUGUGACUCUUCCAAAGGAAAACGGCAAACCAGAGAUCCAGGAACAUGUUUCUAACACUGAGAAAACAUCUACAGGUCCAAGGGAACUUAUUGUAGAUGUUAUAAUGUCUCCAAUCCAAAAACCUGAUUUACCCAUCGAUGAGGUGAAAGAGAUUUCUCCUGUAAUAUUAGUGAAAUCUCCAGGUACACGAUUCUUCCCUGAGCCCUACCUUCCCGAAGUCGCCGAACCAAACAAAACCUUACCACAGACUGCUCAUGAUAAAAGUCCCCGUUCUCCCGUUGAUCAAGUUCUUGCGGCAGCCCCUAUCUGCACACAACCUGGUCCGCAUCCAGAGACCGUGUCUUCCAAAUCUUCGAUCCAACCUCAGCCUUGUGCCUGUUCUCCAACAGGUAACCCUUUAUCUCCAAUCUGUGCCCAGUCACAACCCUGCCAUGAACCACCAUCACCCAUCUCCACAAGCUCUCCGGUCAGGACCCAACCGGUCCCAGCUGUCACGUCCACUCCUAUGGCUAAAACCUCUUCUGAGAAGAGAACCGAUGAACCUAUAAAAGCACCAGAGGAAACACCUGUCAAGCAAACAGACCUCAUUGAAGAGUUCUGGUUGAAGAGUGCAGAGAUUCGAAAGAGUUUAGGACUCACGCCUUUAGAAAGAAGCAAAACCACGGCAGAGAAGAGCAUCGUGAAAACACAGACCCCUGAAUCGUCAACGUCUCCCAGGUCUUAUACCCCAGAGGAAUUGUCUGAAGAGCAGAAGCUUGUCUUCACGGGACGUUCUGUCAUACGCAGGAUCAACAUUACUUUGGAGGGACAGGUUAUAUCCCCUGUGGAACCAAAGAGUAAUGGUUCUGAAAAGAAAGAUUUGAGCAGCAGUUCGGGGUUGGGUCUAAACGGUAGCGUGACUACUAGUCAGACAGCAGCUAGCGACAGCUACAACAACUCUGACUCCACCAUGCUCACCCCUCCAUCCAGCCCUCCUCCACCACCACCCAAUGAAGAACCUGCCUCUUUCCAAAACAAGAAGGCUCAAGUUUCCUGGGACAAUCUUCUCGAAAGCACAGAGGAGGCCAAAACUGACACUACACCACCUAAACUCAAAACCCCAGAAAGUCCGCCUCAGCCAAAACCAGUCCCAGCCCCAGUGCCGGCUCCUAGAACUAACCCACCUGUUGUGAUGAGGGUAAAAGAUCCGAACAAACCACGCCGGGAAGAGGCACGGAAGUCUUUUGCGGAGUGCGUGGACGAAAUACCGUUUGCUGAUGAUGUCGAAGAGACGUACGAUGACCGAACCCCUGACACAAGCGCUCUGGAAAGGUUUUACACCCCGCCAACCAGUAAGGUAAGCAGGGAAAAGCCACCUUUGCACCUGGCGCUGGCAAUGGAAAACGGCAAACCCAACAUUCCCGGAUCCCGAAAGGCAAAGGGAUCUCAAGAAUUCUCGUCCGAAGCCAAAGAGAUAGCAGAAAAGCGAUUGAGAGCUCGCGAAAACUCUGUUAAGAGCCAAGCUCUGAAAGAUGCAAUGGCAAUGCAGAUCACCAAAAUGAAAGAUUCGGAGACUUCCAAAGGAGCGGUGGCAAAAGCAGCUUGGAACGUUACGGAGACAACUGGGAAGCGCAAAAAGCAAUCAGACUUCCCUAAGGACUCUGCUGUCAAGGCCUUGGAGUCCAAAAAGCAAGCAGAGGCACUCUCCGAUCGGUACUUCACCUCACCGGUCAAUAAAACCUUGGACAGUUCAGUCACAUCUUCGGAGAGCUCCACGGGUGGUAAGAGCAAAAAACGCAGCUCGCUGUUUUCUCCACGCAAGAACAAAAAGGAAAAGAAAGCCAAAAAUGAAAGUAGACUCUCUGGUGCUGAGGAGACGCCACCCAAACACAAAUCCCUGUGGAAGACGGUGUUCUCGGGCUACAAGAAAGACAAAAAGAAGAAAGACGACAAGUCAUGUCCGAGCACACCCUCAAGCUCUACAACUGUAGAUUCGGGAAAGAAGAAAGAUUCGACCCUGGAUAAGUCCUCAGAUUCACGUUUGAGAAGAAAUCUCAGCUUUUCCGAGGACUCUGAUCUCUCCUGCGACGAUGUUCUGGAGAGGUCCUCUCAGAAGUCGAAGGGUGAUCUGCGCGUGGACCUGUUUGACUUGGUGUCAGAUUUGAAUAAAGAUGCAAUGAAAGGGAAAGAAAAUAACAAAGCUAGGGCAAAGGAAAGAGUUGCAGAGAACGGAAAUAAGAAAUCUGUUUAUGUACCUCAUGCAUUGGCGUUCAAGAGAUCGUAUGCCACAAAGAAAACCUACACGGAGGAAGAACUUAAUGCUAAACUGACGAGAAAGGUGCAGAAAGCGGCACGCAGACAAGCCAAGCAAGAGGAGCUCAAGAGACUCCACAGAGCUCAGAUCAUUCAGAGGCAGCUGGAGCAGGUGGAGGAGAAACAGAGGCAGUUGGAGGAGAGGGGUGUCGCGGUGGAAAAGGCACUGCGGGGGGAAGCAGGGUUGUAUAAAGGUUCUAGUGUUAGUCCGAAACAGCAUAAGAGACGCUCAGACUAUUGGGGAGAGUCUAAUUACAGUGAGAUCCUGGAUUUGCAUCUGGGCGGAAUGGGAAAAAAGGACGAUCCAAAACUGAUGCAGGAAUGGUUUAAGCUCGUCCAGGAGAAGAACGCCUUGGUGCGAUACGAAUCGGAACUGAUGAUAUUUGCUCGUGAGCUGGAGUUGGAGGACAGACAGAGCCGACUGCAACAGGAACUGCGAGAGCGCAUGGCCGUAGAGGACCAUCUGAAGACCGAGGAGGAGCUGGCAGAAGAAAAGCGGAUUUUGAAUGAAAUGCUGGAAGUAGUGGAGCAAAGAGAUUCUCUGGUGGCCCUACUGGAGGAGCAGAGACUCCGAGAGAAGGAAGAGGAUAAAGAUCUCGAGUCAGUGAUGCUCUCCAAGGGAUUCAACCUCAACUGGGCUUAACAUAACAGAGCGAUUUCUUUUAUUGCCAACCGUUCCCAAUUUCAGCAAGUGUAAUGUUGGCCGAACGAAUCUGUCUCACCUCUCCCCUCGUUUUAUUGGGCCAUGUCAGCAACGUUUACAAAUCCACUCAUGAGCACGUUCGACAGUGUUUACGAUGUUCUCCUGGCACGACUCGGGGCUGACCAGCGUUUCGUCUCUUGGCAGCCAAAGCAUUUCUUCAAAACGUUCUCUCCCUCGGAAUGGGAGAAUACAUCCGUUGGAGAUUUUGUUUAUUUGUUUUGAUCCAAUGCUUUUGGUUGAAAGGGACAUAUCAAUCCUGCUGAUGUUGAGGAUGUCCGAGACUAAUGACGUAAAAUGAAAACAAAAGCUAAUCUUGAUGUUCAGCAAACGUCUGGUCAAUCAACUGUUACGCUUCGAGUGAAGAGAGAGGUCAUUCGACUUUUCUUAUAAUGCUUUUCUACCUACUUACUGAGAGACGGCUAAUGGAGGAGCUGUUCUCCCCUCCAAUCACACUCCCCUUCAAUUCAGCACAACACGCUGAGCAUCAGCGACUUUCACGCAGCUGACAGAUGAAGUGUUUAUUAGUUGUGGAUCACAGAAUAAGCAGGUGAUGGACUUUGUCAUUUUCAGACUUCAGCAGAAACCAACACACAUCUUGUGUUUGUAGCAUUGACAAAUGUAGAAUGUUAUUUCCCAGCUAAUAUUAGAGAUGCCGAUGUAAGCUGGGAGCAAAACAUGUUACACACAUUGUUAGGAGUGCUGGCAAAAGCUCAGGCUCAAUCUUUAGUGAUGCAUUCAGUAUAUCCUAAAAACAGUUUACAAUCAUUUAAUUCAUGAAUAUCUGAUGCUUUUAUUAUAAGUAACGUAACGCAUUAUAUAUUUACAUCACUGUAAAUUGUUAAUGGGAAAAUAUAUUCACACUACACAUUGAUAUACAAUCAAAUGCAUUAUGCAUUGUGUUGGUUGGUCAGGGUAUCAAGAGCAUUUAAGGCACCCACAGCUUAUGUGGAUAGUUCAUGUACAGUAGUACUUACAUGGUGCCCAUUUUCACCUUUGAAUGGUUUGGCUUUGCGUCCUUCCAUUUCCUCCAGCUUUAGAGCAACAUGCCUUUUUCACGCAACUGCUCUUCACAUUCGCAGAGUUUACUUAUGUUUGCAGAGUUUGUUGUUAAUUUAUAAUCGUGUUUGUUUGUACGAUGAUUUUAUAUCACAUGAAGGCGCACGUGCAACUGACAUUUUAACAGCGGGGCUCUUGUAAUGUGGUUUUGAGUUGGAGUCAUGGAACUGGAAACUUCAAUAUUGCAUAUGAACAUAUGUUUGCCUUUUUUGUACAUUUCAUUUUAGUCACUAUUAGAUGUGUGUAUAUAUAGAUGGGCACAGUUAUGUUCUUUUAUUGGUUUAUUUCUCCUUGUAAGUACAGAUAACUGUGAAACAUACACAUGGUCAACGCUAGUUGUUUAGACUGUAAAAUGUUUGACAGAUUUUAUGGUAUUUAUUAACAUGUGUGAAAAUGUAUUAUAUGUAAAGUAAAUGAAUCCUAAUUUUUAAGAAAUUUGUUGUCAGCUCUUGAAAAUGCUUCUUGUUGCUAAUUUGCAUAUAGGGUGUUGGAUGUGCGGAGGCAAUAAAACAAUGCCAUUGUUACAUUCAUUUUUAUUAUU